AUUAGAGGAAGGAAGUUUCCCAUGGUACAGAUUCCUCUGUCUCAGUGUACCAGGAACUGAAACACAGCACAGUUUGAUAUUCAUUGUGUGUCUAAACCUCUUGUACAGCACACAGCAAUAGCUACAAUGGUGAACUGUAAUUGUGUGUUACUAGUGAUCUCCUGCAUACUACUGAAUGUGCAUGCUUUGCAAACUGAUAAAUGUCAAGAAACUGUAACCUCAUUUUCAGUUUCCACUCAACGCAAUAAUAGUGGACACUGGUACUCUGAAGUUACAAUGGACUUUCAGACUGAUAAGAGCACUGAUGGGUACAAGAGACAGAGUGGCCAACGGAAUCUUGGUGUGAGUUUCUACAACAAGAGAUGUGAUGGAAAAGAAUCUUUGUCCAUAGUGACAGCUAUAACAGUUUCACCACCAAAACCUGGUCCUGGAUAUGAGCUUUUUGGUGGUGUUGGUUAUUACAAAUUUCAUACCACUAAGGAGACCUGGAGUGAUGCAAGAAGGAUCUGUUUUACUGAAGGAGGACAUCUGGCUAUUUUAAAUUCAGAUACUGAAGCAAAUAUUGCCAAACAGUUGUUUUCAAAACACAAACAACUUGAUUCAUGGGCAUUUAUUGGUUUCAAUGAUGUAAAAAAAGAAGGAGAAUACAUCACAAUAUUUGAUGAACCACUUCAUACAACAGGCUACACAAAAUGGGGUGGUGGGCAGCCUGACAAUUACCAAAAUAAUGAAGACUGUGGAAGUGUUGACCAUGAAGGCAGAUUAAAUGAUUAUCCAUGUGGUGCCAAGGCUCCAUUUAUCUGUGAAUGUGAAUUGUAAUGAAUGGUAACAAAUGUUUACCAAUAUGUGCAUAUAAUAUAGAAAAUUGUUGCAAAUUAAGAUGAUUCCUGUGUAUUGCGAAUGUCUUCCAAAAGAAUUUUGUAUGUAGAUGUAUACAUCUCUGUUAUCUAAACGAAAGCUGGUAAAGAAGGAUUUCCUUUAUGUGAAACUAAAUGUCUGUUAUUUAAUGUUCUUUGAAAAUACAGUGGUGAAUAAUUUAAAAAUAA